AUGAGCUGUGCCCCUAAUUGGAUCAUACCAACAGCAAUCGACUAUGACGAAAACGGCCAGACAAUCUGGGGCAACACAGCCGCCUUGCGUCCAAAUCCUCAUGUGUGGUUUAAGCUGUUGAUCCACAGCUCCCCUGUAGUGCAGUUGAAAGAACAUAAUCUUGUUGGUGCCAUCGGGGGUACCAUGGGGCGGGAUGCUGCCGACAGGCUCAUUGGCGACUUCCUCAGGGGCCUGCAGCAAGAGCUACUGGUUCACCUCCAGAGAUACGGACCGGCGCAGAUCGAGUGGUGCUUUACGGAGCCUGGAUGCUGGAGUGAGCAGGGCCGACUCGACUUCCGCACCACAAUCCAGAAUCGUAUGUUCAUUGGACAUGCCUGCAAUGUUUCGUUUGUCACUGAGGCAGAGGCUGCGGCCGAAUACACCGCUUUUGAAGGUGCGAACAGGGGACUCAUUCAGCAAGGGGAUAUUGUAAUGGACAUUGCUAUCUUACGGGUGAACGGCAUCCACCCCUUCACCUCCCAGCCUAUUAGAGAUCCAGUCAGUUUCCGGCUCGGCGCCGUGGACAUUGAUGCCGCCUUGAUGGAGCAGGUCCGACAGGCUCACUGGAGAGGUAAUAAUGGCCUGCGAAGGGGAGCUGCUGCUACUCUGGCUCGGCGUGAGGUCAGCCGGGCCAAGGAGAACUUUACCGGUCGACUUGGGAACGUGAUUCCUGAAGUUGAGCUUCAGGACCCUGAAGGCAGGCAAAUUGUGCACCAAUUCACCCGCGAUGAUUUGAUAGGGGCGUUUGGUCCGACUAAAGACGGAAUAGUUGAUAUGAUUCUCCAACAAAUCUCGUUGACAGGACCCAAAAUCACAAAAGUGGUCCUUGUCGGGGGUUUGGGAAAAUCAGAAUACCUUCGCUCCCAAGUUCGCCAUGCGCUCGAUGACGUCUACGUGAACACGCCGCCUAAGUUAGUGGAUGCUUUGCCAGACACCAUCAGAAGUGCAGUUGCACAAGGGGCAUUGUUACGUGCGAAAAGGGAGCCUGAAGUGCGGUGGUUUGAAUGUCUCUCCCAGUACGAAUUGUGCUUUCCGUCUGUUGACGUGUAUGGCGACGGUAUGCCAGACAAAGUUCUUACCAAUACGAUUAUUGCAAGAGGACGCAGAGACGUGCCUGCGAGAGGGUCUUUUAAACCCCCUGAGAGGAUGCGCUUGGUACCCCAGCGGAUGGAGGACCGUUUUCUUCAGAUUCGCAUUGUACGACAAGCGGAAACUUUAACAGCCGUCAAACGAGUCAAGAUCCCCGCAAACGUACCAAUCAACUGGGUCAAUUUUGGUCAAGGGAGGGUUCAUGAAUACCGCCUGAAAGUAUUCUGGUCCAUUCAUCUGGGAUCGGCAAUGUUCAUCCACUGGAGAAUUUGCAUAGUGGAUGGUCAGGACCGGAUAGAAACUGAGUUAGCUGAGUUUUUUCAUGAGGUGUCUCCCCAAGACUUGAUCCCCGUCGUGAACGGCUAG